AAAGGGUUUCUGUUUGUGUAUAGCUAAAAGCCUAAAACCCUUCCAGUCGAACUGUCUUAAGCUCAGGCAAACGUCUUUCUCUCUGACGCUCUCAAUCCACGUUUUGCUAAUACCAAUUGAUUUAUCCUUCUCUUAUGAUAGCAACUGUGCGUCAUAAUUUUCCAUAGCUUUGAGGAGAAUCUACUUUCUUUUAUCCGCAAGAGUUUCUUGAAGCAUUGAUACUUGGAAGAAGAAGAAGAAGAAGAAGAAAUAAUAAUGAGAGGAGCAAGGAUUGCAGCGGGGUUAAUAAGAGAAAACAUUUGCAGGAAGCUCAAAUCAAACAGCUUUUUACCCCGAAAUGAUUACUGCACUUCUUCUGCUCCCAAUCUUCCUCCUCGGGUUUCUCAUUCCUCCAAAAAGGGAAGGUUACUUACUGGAGCUACCAUUGGUUUACUAAUAGCAGGAGGAGCUUAUGCUAGUACAGUGGAUGAAGAAACUUUCUGUGGCUGGCUAUUCUCAGCAACAAAACUUGUAAAUCCGUUUUUUGCACUUCUGGAUCCAGAGGUAGCCCACAGAUUGGCUGUUUCAGCUGCUUCUCGUGGGUGGGUUCCAAGGGAGAAGAGACCAGAUCCUACUAUAUUAGGCCUUGAAGUUUGGGGCAGAAGGUUCUCAAAUCCUUUAGGCCUUGCUGCUGGUUUUGACAAGAAUGCUGAGGCUGUUGAAGGCUUACUUGGAUUAGGUUUUGGAUUUGUGGAGGUUGGCUCAGUGACACCCAUUCCUCAAGAUGGCAAUCCAAAGCCUCGUAUAUUCAGACUGAGAGAGGAAGGUGCUAUAAUAAAUAGGUGUGGCUUCAAUAGCGAAGGAAUUGUCGCUGUUGCCAAGCGGUUAGGUGCUCAGCAUGGUAAGAGAAAGUUGGAAACUUCCAGCACUUCGUCUCCAGCAGGGGAUGAAGUCAAGCAGGGAGGAAAAGCUGGUCCUGGAAUUCUGGGUGUUAACCUGGGAAAGAAUAAGACUACUGAAGAUGCUGCAGCGGAUUAUGUGCAAGGAGUUCAUACAUUAUCCCAGUAUGCUGACUAUCUGGUUAUUAACAUCUCAUCACCAAAUACUCCUGGACUACGCCAACUCCAGGGAAGAAAACAGUUAAAGGAUCUUGUCAAGAAGGUACAAGCAGCUCGUGAUGAAAUGCAGUGGGGUGAAGAAGGCCCACCUCCAUUGCUUGUGAAAAUUGCUCCAGACUUGUCUAUGCAAGACCUAGAAGAUAUUGCAGCAGUUGCUCUUGCUCUCCGUGUGGAUGGAUUGAUUAUAUCAAAUACAACCAUCCAAAGACCUGAAACUGUGAGUAAAAACCCCGUGGCUCAAGAAUCUGGUGGCUUGAGUGGUAAGCCGCUUUAUGAGCUGUCCACAAAUAUCCUCAAAGAGAUGUAUAUUCUUACAAAGGGGAGGAUUCCUUUAAUUGGUUGUGGAGGUAUUAGCAGCGGUGAAGAUGCAUACAAGAAAAUACGAGCUGGUGCUACACUUGUGCAGCUCUACACAGCCCUUGCAUAUGGGGGGCCUGCCCUUAUACCCAAGAUAAAGGCUGAACUCACCCAAUGUUUAGAAAGGGACGGUUAUAAGACAAUCCACGAGGCGGUUGGAGCAGAUUGCAGAUAGUUUGGAGCAAAAAGCAGUUGCUCUAGAGCUCUUGGAGCGACCUCGUUUAUCCACAUACAAUAAAAACCUAGUUACUAAUCGAAGAGAAAGGUUCUCCCUGGAUUUUUCUUGGCUGACAUUUUCUGAUAUUUUAAUGUAUUCUUUUUGAAUCUUAUUCCCCUUUGUUUUGCCCCUCUGAGGGAGGGGUAGAUUUUGACAUGUAACAUCUUUCUUCUUCAGUGGCUAACAUUUGGUCUAAGUUUACAUAAUCAUGGAUUGUGAUUGUAAAUUGUCAACACUUCAUAAUUAACUCUACCUGAGUUUCAUUCUGUUGAACUAAUCUUUACCAAAUACCUUUGAUAUAA